AUGAGUAGUCAACGCUAUCGCUCAUUUUAUAGUGCUAACUCAGAAAAAAAGCAAAACUGGAAAUGUCCAGAAUGUAUUAGUAAAGUGCCUAAACAGGGAAACCUGACCACACCAGUACGCACAAACGUACCAGUCAGUGCUGACAGCCACAAUUCUACGAGUCCAUCCAGUGAUAGUCAAAAUGUGACUGUUAGAUCUAAAGUCACAAAAACGCCCGUUUCUAUUGAAUCAAUCUCAAAUGACGACAUUGAUUAUUCAAAUAUGAAGUCGUGUAUGAAAACAUUAGCUGAGGAAAUGCAAGCGAUGCGAAAAGAUAUAGGCAGAAUGUGCGAUAAGAUAGACACGUUUACAGAAACCAUCAGCACACGGGUUAAUUUACUUGAGGCUAGAAUCGACUCGUUAGAAAGCAAGAAGAGUGAAGUGGAAAACAAAAAGAUAAAAGAUUUAGAGGGAACGGUGUUGCAGCUAAAACUGAAAUUACAGGAACGUGAACAGGAAGCCCUAGGGAAUGACAUCGAACUUGCAAGCUUUCCUGAGGUCAAAAAUGAAAACACCACUCAUUUAGUGCUGGCGGUUGCCAAGAAACUAGGUGUGGAGCUGGAAGAGCGUGACGUGGUGAACGCUCAACGUGCGGGGCCGGUGCCUGCGGCUGUGGAGGGCGGCGCGCCCGCCCGCCCGCGCCCGCUGGUGGUGCGCCUGGCGCGCCGCGCGACUCGCGACGGGCUGCUGCGCGCUGCGCGCGUGCGGCGCGGCGUUACCACCGAGGGCAUAGUGGUUGCGGAGCACGGGUCACCUCGAUCCUUCUAUGUUAAUGAAAGGCUAACGAAACCAAAUAGACACCUAUUUCUAAUGGCACGACAAGCUGCUAAGCGCUCUAAUUGGAAAUACGUAUGGACCAAGGAUGGAAAAAUCUAUGCAAGGAGGGAGCAGGGCAGGGCGAGUUUUCGUCUUUGCUGUGAAACAGACAUCCAAAAGGUUUUUGGUGAUAGCUGUGUUCGUUCAGACCCACAAAAUAUGCAAUAA